ACUUUGUCAAAACCACAAAUUCUUCCUCUAAUAACAAAGUGCCAUGUCUGAACCCGCCAAAUAAAUCUAUUCAUAAUGAAUGGGUUACAAAAAUAUCUUGCAUAAUCACUUAGUGUCAUUCCAAUAACUGGCAUUUAUUAAAGUGCACCUAUUGUGGUUUUUCAAAUAUUACCUUUCAUGUAGUGUGUUAUAGAGCUGUUUGUGAACGUAAAAAAAACAUCUGCAAAGCUUCAAAAAAUCAAAGUGCACGACAAACGGAGUUAUUGACUCCAAAAAGAAGGAACCGAUUCUGAACAGCUGAAAUGAGUCGUUAAUAAUUCUACAUAGUACUAACCUACAUAGGUUUGUAACAAAAAGCCCCGCCUCUGGUCUUCAUUGUCUGUGGUAGACCAAUCACAACAGACUAGGACAUCUGACCAAUCAGAGUAGAGUAUGCUCUCUGAAAGGAGGAGUUUAGAAUGAAUCCUUUAGAGCGGAUCAUUUAACGAGUAGUUCGUGACACUGUGGGGGAAAAAAAAGGUAAUGCUGCAGUUUAAAUUAUGUGGAUUAUUAUUAAAGGGUUUUUUGACCUUGGAUGCAUGUAAAUCUAUUGUAUGAGACCUUUAAAACAAAACUAGGCAUGUUUCAAAACAAUAAUACGUGCACUUUAAGUAAUUUUGCUGGCAUGGUUUGGGUCCUCUUCUCCUCUUAGACAGAAGCAUGACUGCAAAUCAACACAAAGUUCUUCUUAUCUUUUGAUGAAACAUUUCUAUCCUGGUUGGAGUACUCUUGUCCAGGAUGACUCCACCCCCAUCCACAGGGCAUGAGGUUUCACUGAAUGGUUUGAUGAGGAUGAAAUUGAUGUAAGUUAUAUGCUAUGGCCUUUACAGUCACCAGAUCUCAACUCAGUUGAACACCUAUUGGAGAUUUUUGGACUGGCAUGUUAGACAGCACUCUACCACCAUCAUCAGAGUAUCAACUUAGGGAAUAUCUUUCGGAAAAUGGUGUUCAUCACUCCAGUACAAUUGCAGAGAUGUGUAGCAUCAAUGCCAACAGAGGAGACAUGAUUUCCCACAACUGCAGCAUUAAGGAUUUCAAGGAGUCCGUGUUCCCCACCGCCUACCUUCUCGUCUUUAUUCUGGGUCUCGUAGGCCACUUGGUCUCCAUGUAUGUCUUCUUCAGAGUGUGGAGGAAGAAGAGGUAUCUGACUACGGUCAACCAGUUCAUGGUUAAUCUGCUGGUGUCGGAUCUUAUGCUGGUGUGCUCAUUGCCCUUCAGGGCUUCUUACUACCUGUCUGGCUCUACUUGGAUUUUUGGCCCGGUGGCCUGCAGGCUCCUAUUCUACAUCUUCUACCUGAACAUGUACACAUCGAUCUACUUCUUGGUGUCCCUAAACAUCAUGCGGUAUUUGGCACUGAUUCAGCCAUACCGCUAUAAACACUUGCAAAAAUGGUGUAACGGACACCUGGUUUGUCUGUUAAUCUGGCUAUUCGUGGCGCUGACCUCCAGUCCUUUGCUGCUUUUGAGACGGCACACAAAUUCUAGCACAGACAUAGCUCAACAAUGCAUGGAGCUACGAAACAGCAACCAAACCAUCCAGCAUUUAAUCAUUAUGAACAAUGCAACUCUGUCUGUGGGCUUUCUGCUGCCUUUGGUGUGCAUCUUGUGGUGCUCCGUGUUUGUAGCCUAUAGAUUAUGGAAGCCUGGUCCAUCGCAGCGGAGAGUCGACAUCUCGAGGAAAAAAGCCUUCGCUUUGGUCAUCAUCAGCCUCAGCUUCUUCAUCAUCUGCUUUUUGCCAUAUCAUGUCAUGCGGACAGUCUUUUUACACACGGAGUUGGAUGUGAGCAAUAACAAGAUUGGCGACUCCUGUGAGACCCUCUGGCAAGUGCGUAAAGCCGCAGUGGUGACGCUUUGUUUGUGUGUAUCCCACAGCUGCCUGGAUCCCAUCCUGUUCUUUUUUGUCGGAGAAAAUUUCAGAACUUUCUUUGCAAAGCUGCUGAGGAAAAAGAAAACACAUACUGACAACAAAAAAAGGAUCCAGAAGGGGGCAGAGUUGCAGAACCUGCAGAAAUGAGACUCAAUAACAACAGGAGAAGUUCAAUUGCCUCAUCGAUUUGCAUAGGACAGCUGCACAUCAGAGGUGUUUUUGUUUUGUUUUGUUUUUUGGCUCAGUAUCUGUGUUUAUUUUUUACAGAAUAUUUGCAAGAUUUAAAUCAUCAUGUGUGAUGAUAUCAUGUAACUCUAAAGGUUAUGUUCAAGAACUGUUACAUCAUCCAAACUUUCACUAAUGUAUUUGACAGGUUAUAAAAAUCUCAUUUAUAUUGAUGCUUAUAAAACAUUUCUUUAUUGACAAACUAUUAUUACAUAAAAUGCUGUAUAUAUGCUUAACAUAUUGGAAUGUAGGAACAAAUAUUCAUACUGGAAACCUGGAAUUUUUUAUUAUUUUUUUUAACCUUUUUCUGGAGAAAUGCUCAAUAAGUGAAAUAAAGAAAAAUAAUUAAUAUUUAAAGUGUCAACAUAAAUUCACAGCACAUUUGCCUCACACUUCCGGGGUUGGGGGUUUGAAUCCCACCUCUGCCCUGUGUGUGCGGAGUUUACAUGUUCUCCCUGAACCUGUGGGGGUUUCCUCCGGGUACUCUGGUUUCCUCCUCAGUCCAAAGAAAUGCGCUGUAGGCAGAUUGGCAUCUCUAAAUUGUCUGUAGUGUGUGAAUGUGUGUGUGUGAUUUUGCUGUAUUGGCAGACUCCCCGUUACCCUGUGUAGGAUAAUUGACAAGGGUGUUAGCUGACAAGACUGUUAGUCUUCCGGGGCUGAACCCAGAUUCUUCUCCAUCACAAAAAAAAUUCAAAAUAUCCUUCUAAAUAAACUGUUUUUUUCUUGCACGUGACAGCUAAUUUCUUAAAAUGUGAAACAAUUUGACAAAUCAUAAAAUUUCAUAUUAUCACUGUGUGCAGGACUA